UUUUUUGUCUGAGCCUUUUUAGGGUUUACGGAGAGCAAUUCACCGCAGCUUCCAUUAGCUCCGUCUACCUAGCUCUCUAGAUCCCUCGAACAUGGCAACUCAGAUCAGCAAGAAGAGGAAGUUUGUCGCUGACGGAGUUUUCUUCGCCGAGCUCAACGAGAUUCUAACUAGAGAGCUCGCUGAAGAUGGAUACUCCGGUGUUGAGGUCAGAGUCACCCCCAUGCGUACCGAGAUCAUCAUCAGAGCCACUCGUACCCAAAAUGUUCUGGGUGAGAAGGGAAGGAGGAUCAGGGAGCUCACGUCACUUGUUCAGAAGAGAUUCAGAUUCCCUCAAGAUAGUGUUGAGCUUUAUGCCGAGAAGGUUAACAACAGAGGUCUCUGUGCCAUUGCUCAGGCUGAAUCUCUCCGCUACAAGCUCUUGGGUGGUCUUGCUGUUCGUAGGGCUUGCUAUGGUGUCUUGAGGUUUGUCAUGGAGAGCGGUGCCAAGGGAUGCGAGGUAAUUGUCAGUGGCAAGCUUAGAGCUCAGCGUGCCAAAUCGAUGAAGUUCAAAGACGGAUACAUGAUCUCAUCUGGUCAGCCUUGCAAAGACUACAUUGACUCAGCAGUCAGACACGUCCUCUUGAGACAGGGUGUUCUUGGUAUAAAGGUAAAGAUCAUGUUGGAUUGGGACCCUAAGGGCAAGCACGGUCCCAAGACUCCACUGCCUGACCAGGUUACCAUCCAUGCUCCCAAGGACGAGGAGGGGCCUGCUCAUGUUCCCGUGCAGGUUGUGAACCAACCGGUCGCUGUUCCAGUCGUGCCCGAGACCGAGAUUCCGAUCGUGGCUUAAUAUGUUUGAAUCGUUUUUUCAAUGAUAUGAUCGUUUUGUUGAUUCUUGGUGGAUUACACUUGAUGGUUUAGAUUUUGGUCUUAAUUCCGUUCGGACUGGAUUGUGCCAAUCUGCGACAUAAUGUUCUUUUUUUAUUCUGUUUCCGAGCUUUUGUUCUUCAUAUGGCUC